AUGGCAGUUAAGAGAUCAGCUAGAGAUAAAAGCCACGCGAAGCAACAAAACUCGCGUGGAAAGUCAGGCCAAAAUAACUUCAAAGGCAAGUCUCUGCUAGAGAGGCUGACACUUCCCUACGAUACUAAAAAGCACGUCAAUGCUAGAGCUAGCAGUGAGAAACCGGGACUUCGUGUAGUGGAUGGCAAAUUACUGAGCGCAAACGACGUUGGUGUUCUUUUGAGGGACGCUGCAAAGCGUACAGAUGCCAAGAAGAAGCCUAUGAAACCUCGCCAAGGCUUGAAGACCACAGUAAGGCGCACCGAGCGCGUGGUCAGAAGGCGUGAACCAGCGCGGGCUUCCGUUCCAGUGCCAAAGCCCUACGGAAAAGACCUUCACUUAUCUGUUAGUGGCCACAGCUCCGAUGCGCGCUUUCUCAGAAUACGAAACCUUCCGCUAGGGUCAAACUCGCAGGUCUUGACAACCCUGGUAGAAAAUGUGACUGGGGCAAAAGUGUCAAAGUCGUCGCUGGUUGACCUGCCUUCAGGAUCUGUGACUGCGGAACUCUGGCUCGGCAAUGCAAACAACAAGUUACUGGCUGACGUCAGGCGCCAGCUCGAUGGAGCUAAUGUUGACGGGCGUGUUGUCUCCGUGGAAAUCUCCUCCACCUGA